GAUUGCGAUAAUCGACGGAACGAGGAGGCCUGAUGCCGGUUCUCACGGGCGAACGACAGUUGUAUCGGAUGGCAACAAACUACGAACCAGAGAAAUUCAGGGGAGGACUGUUUUUGGUAGCUGAGAAGAUGCUUAGAAAGAAAGACUCUCGAAACUCUGUUAGCUAAGAGUAUAAAACGAUCUUUGAAAUAAUCAGCAAGUUCAAGAGACAAUUGAAAAAGAAAGUCUUGAAAAUAGUGAUCUUGGUUGAUAAAAGAGAAGAGGCGUUAAGAAGUAUCUCUCACCGAGGUGUCGGCGAUAGUUUCGUGGAAAAGAGGUUGGUGAACAGGAAGCACGGUAUCCGGAAGUAACGCUGGCACGGUGAGGGGGUCCAGCAACGAGUCCAGCUGUGGAACAGCGAGUUCCGGCAGCGGAAGCGGUGAAGCCAGCGGCAGAAUGCAGUUGACAGAAGCCUCGACUCCUGGCGCUGCCGCGUCGCCGGAGUCGGGCGUUUCUCCUCUGACCGAUGCCUACACCAAGAUGACCAGCGACAUUCUGGCGGAAAGGACCCUCGGCGAUUUCGUCAGCGAGCAUCCUGGUGAACUGGUUCGAACAGGUUCACCCCAUUUGGUCUGCAGUGUCCUACCGGCGCACUGGAGGUCCAACAAGACCCUUCCGGUAGCGUUCAAGGUGGUAGCCCUUGGCGAGGUCGGUGACGGCACAUUGGUGACCGUUCGUGCUGGCAACGACGAGAACUGCUGUGCCGAGUUAAGAAAUUCCACCGCACUUAUGAAGAAUCAAGUUGCCAAGUUCAACGACUUGAGGUUCGUCGGCAGAAGCGGAAGAGGGAAGAGUUUCACGUUGACGAUCACCGUAUCCACCACACCGCCGCAAGUUGCUACCUAUACAAAAGCCAUUAAAGUAACGGUGGAUGGGCCAAGGGAACCGCGAUCCAAGACCAGUGAGUAUCACUUGUUGUCUCUUUUAGGGCAACAGCAGCAGUUCCACGCGUUUGCGUUCGCUUCCCAGAGGGGUGGUCCAUUUUUCGCAUCCCCUUUGGUGGAUCCUCUGCAACCCUUGCCGAACCUUCAACCGCUGUCGAAUCCGCUACCACGGAAUCCAUUGUCCUCGUUCAGGCACACGAUGCCUGGAAACUGUCAAAACAUGUCCCAGUUCGGUCUGACUGCAAGUAAUUCAUGGGGAUAUGGGAGCACGGCUGGUUACGCUGGUUAUCUUCCUGGCCCUUUGUCGUCGUGCGCGGCACAGGCGUCGUUCCCACCCCCGCCACCGCCACCUCCACCUCCGCCACCACCCCCGCCGUCAUCGUCAUUGGCGUCUUUCGCGGGCGCCGCGUCUAUGAACACACCGACGGCGCCCGAUUCCACAGCGGAAUCCACUGUCACUUCCGGUACCGGUGCGGGAUCCACGGCACAGCAGGAUGCGUUCUCAGCGGUAUCUUCUCUGGUGCCAGACUCGACGACGACGGGUCAAACCGAUUCACUGGAUCCACUGAGCAGCCUGAUGUCUGGAACGUCGAUCCGGUACCAGGAGUACAUGUCACCGAGAUCCCUGUCGACGGACUCGAGCACCACAGAGAGUCCCGUACACGAGGAGCAAGCCUUUGGACAAAAUUAUGGCAACUACUUUCCAACUUCCGGUGUGCUCCCUAGCAUCCUGUACUCUCAGCUGUACGGGAAUCAAUUCCAAAAUUCUGAGAGCCCUGAACAGAGAGCAGUGACGGAAAGUUGCAGCGUCAGAGAGGGAGAAGUCAGACCGGACAAUAACGUGUGGAGGCCUUAUUGAAACAAAGGUCUUCUUCUAGGAAUUUCGUCGAACGAGCCUCUAUCGUUGGGUAUCGUCAUCUUUUUUCAUUGAAAAAAAAAAAAAAAAAAGAAAAGAGAAACAAUGAAUUAUCGUCGACGAGCAAAACUGUGAUCGGUGAGAUGUGCUGGCUCGAUACGAAACUAGCUACUUUUAGUGGGCAUUAACGAACGAAAGAUUUGGAAACAUAACAAGUUACGGUAUUAUGGUGCAGGUUCGGUGGUGAAACGAAUCACGAUCCUUUCGCUGGUUGUGUCUCAACGAAUCUCCAGGGUGGAUCUUUACCGACUCGUUCGUGAGCUGCCUUACCACGAGGGUGGAGACUACUUUCUUAAGGGUGGCGAGAAGAAAGAGGGUUGGAAAAAUUCCCCUCUGGAAAGGGCUGUAUAUAUCAACCAAGGGAUCACGUGUAAGUAUCAUCGGCACAAGAUUCCACGCUCCCAACUCCCCCGUCUAUCCUACGUAACAAGAUUGUCGAGAGAAACCAAAGGAGUAGAGCUAAGGAGUUGUUGGUCUGGAGGUGGCUGAAAUCAGAUUAGCAGCCAGACGCGUAAUCGGGGCUUCUCACCAGCGGACAUCGCGUUUCUCAGCGAGAAAUUGCAUCGUCUGAUCAUCCCUGCUCCUCGUAAAACAAUUCCACGUACAAGCACGUUAGAGACAUUUUAUUUUUCCUUACAAAUUUUCGCGUUUAACCUUAUUAAAUAUCAGGAUCAUUGCUACACGGUUUUCUAAAGAAACUGAAAGACAGCGAUUCAUAAAGAGAAAGGCAUCUGCAACCCCUCGGCCCGCGAGGAACCGUCCAAAUCCGACUCGGUUACAACUAGCAACCCCUCUCGCCAUCCCGUAACUUACCGUCACCUCAUCCCAACACCCUCGAUCCCGAGGUGAGGGUGCAGAAAGAACGCGAUGGGGUGGCGUUUCAUUUUUUGACACCCGGUGUAUUUGAUUCCACCCUUGUAAUAAACCCCAGGGGUUGCCAGCCGUAGGUCCCUUGUCUCCCUACAUGUCAUAUCGACACCUCACCCCAAGGGGUAGAUGACUGCUAGGUAAUUUGCUUUCUUAUUUUCUCCGCGGCCUGGCGACGCGUCCUUCUUCUUCCUCCUUCUCUCUUUUCCCUUCUCGUUCGCACGGUACCGUCUCGGUUGCAAUCCCUAUCGAAAAAUCAGCCUCCCCGUAUCCCUGCUACAUUUUCCUUUGCCAAUUUUCUUCUCGACGGAAAAGGUUUGGCGCUGUUGAAACGCGUUGCCACGAAAUCACGUGUGCGUUAGCUGACUUAGGUAAAUUUUCGAAGAAAUAAUCAAUUCUCCCUGCAGCUUAUUACAGAAAAUCGUUGUCUCUCGCGGAAGCAUCGGUAAGGGUGAAGUCUGAGGGGUUAGCGGCGUUCCACCCCUGCAUCGUCACCCCAUUUGCCGGCUUCGCGCUCUUGUUUGUUUCGUAAUCUUUAAGAUCGGAAGGGUUCGGAGCUCUCGAAACGCCUGAUAAUCUAUUGUCGAGUUCGCCGACAACUUUCCCACCUCGGUUGAACCGAUAGAAUCGAACCGACUCGAUGGGAAAUCGAGCCACGGAAAAUGAGUAUCGAUCGUGAAAAUCACUCGAGGAAAAAUAAAGAAUUUUCUUUCGAGUCCGGACAAGAAGAUCUAGGAAACACUCUUCGUAACGAGGACGAUUCAUUUCCGUCGCUGAACGAAGAAACUUCUUGCAGAGAAUGGGGAGAAGAAACGAGUAGUGAUUAAAUAUUAUGACCAGCGCGAUCUUCGAGGACGCGUCCACGAAAAACGUUACUUAGUAUAAUUAAAAGAACUUUUUGCCAACGGAAUCUGUGCGCUCAGCCACGCGACGGGGACACAAUUUUCCCAUUCCGAUCCCUUGAUCGCGUUAAUCCUACCGUGCGGACAGUUCGCUGUUCUAUUUUACUUUGCCCUAUUGUCUCGAAUCAAUUUCACGAGAAACAGAGGACAAGAUUUCGCGUGGUACAGCGAUCACUCGUUCUGUGACUAAUUAUCCGAACCAGGAAAGGUAAUUAGAAAUGCGCGCUCGUAUGAUGAUGAUGAUGUACGAUGAAUAUGUCUCUCAGACAACUGUAACGUCGUCUUGGACAGAAGCAACAGAGAGACGAGGGUCUGUUAGUGUCAAGAAACGACUCGUCACACGAGGGGUGUACACCCCACACCUACUACAACUUCACCUAACUUUCUCACCGUUUCUGAGCAACCUCCGAUUACCCUGGUUACGGGAACAGUCUCCGGUAUCCCUGCUUUUGCACGGGAUCUCCUCUUAAUGAAUACUCGCGCGUAAAUGUUCGAAACUUCUCGGUAAACUUGUACGAAGGGUCAAUAGUUGAAUACUUAAAUUUUUAACGACGUUACAACGAGCGUAAGGAGACACGAGUGAGUCGUUCGAUGGGUUAAGAAAGGAGGAGAUUAUCGAAGGGUCUCUUGACCACCAUGCAAGCGGUGUUUAGCCAGCAAUUACUAAGAAUCGAAACGCCGCAUGCGUUAAGUUACGGGGUUAGGGACAUCAUCGGAAUGCGACCGCUCCUUAAUCAGGGUAGUUGCGUUCCCCUUCUGCCUCGCAAUCGUCAUCGUCUCUGACCAAGAACGACCCAAGAGAGAAGCGAACCGGAGGCGAUCCUAGGGUCAUUUCCAUUCGCUCCUUGCAAAGUGGUAUCAUUUCCCAAGAGGCUGGGGUCUGCUUUGCUGGCCUUCAAGGUCCUGUGCCGCAGCUGCCCUUCUGCUCCAUCGAGUACAGUUCAGUCCACUGGCUCUAAAGAUCGAUAUACUCUCGCCGGGUACAAUUCGCGAUACGAGGCUAUCACUGAUAAUGAAAUUGUCCCUGACAACAGAUGUAACCAUCAGUCUGGAACUAACUACAGAUUCUUGUAAUUUUUUCCCCGGCUGCCGCUCGCUGGAAUUAUGGCCAAACGAUUUGCAUGGAAAUGGGAAGACUUCUGUGUAGAUCAACUCAACCAGGAAAUUCGAACAAGAACUUUGCGAGUAUACAAGGGGCUGCCCGGUCUGGCCGUAAAGGGAUGUAAGGGUCGUAAGGUGGAAGGAGGUUUGGGGGUAGCUUAUUAGAGGCACGACAGCGGGUCGAGCUCCACCUUGAAACCUCCAACCAACCGCCAUCCUGCCGUGAGUCUUACCACCUUGCUUCCUUCCAUCCAGCCGUCGCCUUCCUAUCUUCUCUCUCCACAUCCCCUUUCCCUUACCAUCUCUCCCUCUUCCUCUUCUGCUUCUAUAUAGUUCAAGCACCGUGGAAACGUGGCUGAACAUAAAGGGUCGCCUGGGACCGUCGUACUUGCCGUUCGUCUUUAAUCUACGAGGUCACCAAGCAACGACAACGACGACGACGAAGACUACCAUCCUCCAAGUAAAUGAGCACGAGCUGGGCGAAGAUGUCGAGGCACAUUCGAAAGGGCUGGUAAACAGGCGAUAGGUCUCCCGAUCGUCGCGGAAGACGACGACAAAUUCCUCAAAUAUUUAUCUGUCUUUCCCUACAAACCCUUCAAUCGUCGCCGCCCCCAAACGCCACUUCCGUUUCACGCUCACAGACUGUGUCAACGCUGACGCCUAUCGACGUAUGACAAAUACCUCAUCCCAGAUGCUUGCACUUUCUGUCAGCCCUGACAACCGGGACAAAAGGACGAGUCGAAGGGAAGAAAAGAUUGCCGUUAAUUGUUAAACUUAGAUGGGCGGUCGUCGGCAAUCCCGCAGUUAGGACUUGGAAGAAAAGAGACGAGAUAGGUUGGCGGUAGCGACGAUUCAGAAAGGAACAGAGGACCGAGGUGAGAAGGAGACGAACCGUUCGCGUUCGAGAGGGUAGAAAAUUCGCCAGGCAGGGUGUAGGAAUCGAGACGGGAGAAUCGAGAAGUUCGAGAGAGGGAUGGAAAGGCGGGAAGCCAAGACGCGACACGAACACUGGAUUGGGUUACCGAGAUAAUUAGAAUGAUGAUUAGGAGCGAAGCACGCCUCGUUGACCAAUUCUUUCCCAAACCCUUUCUCCCAGACGAGAACUCUCUUUGCGAAAAGAUCAACUUUCUUUUUAAAGGGUAACGAGCUGAACAGGAGAUGAGCUCGUCCGUCCUAACUCGACCCCAAAGAUGAUCAAUCGAAAUUCAUCGAACAGCAUCGACAACCAUAGGCGAAAUCGCUCUCGACAAGCUUCUACGAGCAAUAUUACAGCACCCCAGUGACACAUUUUUACGUUUCUAAGCGUGAUUGGUCGUUUAACUUGGUCCCCGUGAGAUCGCUUGACCGAAUAUGGGUAACCAUCGUAAAAAAAGGUAAGGAGCAGUUCCAGAACACGUAUCAGACAAUUGGACCUGACUUCGAAGAUUCUUCUUCUCUCGGUUACGUUUACGUGCUCGACGCUGCUUAGCUCCAUCCGUGUUGAAGUAGAUGUGAAUAUUUGAUCGGUCCUUCAACCUUCGCCUCCUUCGCCCUCCCACAACCUUCGCCUCUUACCUAACCCUCGGUCCCAGCUGCGGUGAAUUAUUUAACGCCCCCAGGGACACCAGUUACCAGCUCUGUAUCCAUGUGUCAGCGAGAUUUUUCAAACUCUUUGUUCGCCUACCAUUGUUCUAAGCGUCACCAAUGACGCAAUGGGUAAUUAAGAAAUAGUUGAUUCAUUUUUAUACCGUUUAUCGUCGUAGAAACUUUAUCGAUGGAUGAAUGUAAAAUGUACAGCUCAUUAUUCCUUAUUUAAAUCUUCAGUUUAAUUUCAUAGAUGAUUUUAUUAUAUUAAGCGUCAUUUUAUUAUAUUAGUUAGAUAUAACGAAAUGUAAAGUGCUGUACUGUUCGAUCAAUAUUGUUAACAGAUUAAAAAAUCAUUUUUAGAUAGGAGGAAUAUAUUUCAUGGAAACACGCAUUCAAACGAUACAAUUUGCUUUCAUUGUUUUCGACGUCAAUGAAUUCGCGCAAAUGAAUAUGCGGUCGAGCGUGCAAUCACGUUUAGAUUGCUUUAAUUAAUCGGCAAGUACAAGGUGAAAGACAAGUUUGGAAUGUUUAACAGCCAUUCGGUUUAAAUUAAAUUAUGCUGACCUACAUAGAACAAAGAGACCACGUACAGCGAUCUCAUACGGAAGAGUAUAGAAACUUCUAAAGAAACUUAAAUCAAUGCAUCGAGCAUAAACUCAAACAAAAUUAUAAACUUAUAAAUUUGUCGAAAAUAAACUUAAUUCUGCAAAAUG